CUCUGUAGGCUUCCAUGUCCCAUUUUUCCUGUCAAUGGUCCCAAGCAAGGUACAUUUGAUUACUAUGUCCUUGUGUGCAAAGAUCUUGAUUGGAGUAUCCCUGCGUGGGAUUUUCUGAAGACUCCUAUUUUGGAGGCUGCAAAGGUAUUGAUACAUCCAUUUAGGGUACUUGUAACUUUCCUUUUGAAUUAUUAUGUAGGUGUUGACUGAGCAGGAGAGCCUGAUGGAAAACUGUUUGGCUCUAGCUAAAUAAAUAAGACAAAUAUUGCUUGUGAAACUCUAUUUGAAAUUUGAUCUCACAACAAGAUUACCUCACUAACUGUUUGAGACAAAAUUUUGUAGGUGGAUAAAGCAGUUGGAGUUGAGACAUUGGUGUUUUCCUGUGACCAAGAUUUGCCAGUGGUAAGUUCAUGGAAAUUUUCAAUAAGGUGCAAGGAACUUAUGAAAAAUGUAGUUGUGGAGCAGCGUUCUGUUAAUAUGAAUGGUCCAUGCAGUAACCCUUAAUCAUGUAAAAAGAAGAAGAGUUUGUCAAGGUCCACAGGAUGUUUCUUCCCCAAGAAUUUACGAAUUUUUGUCUCCAUGAAAAGUCUGCUCUUGUUCCAAGUGGCCCCUCUAAGGGGAGCUUAUCCCACUGUUCAUAGCAUGAAGCAACUAAAUGUAAGAAUAUUAAUACUGUUAAAUGAGAUAUCAGUGCAGUGCAGAUCAUUCCCUAGCUCCUUCCCCAUCAACACUCUGUUAAGCCUCCCUGACAGGUUGCUGUUAACCCUUUGACUCCCAGAAGUGAUUAACUUGUAACUUCUCCCAAUAAUAUCCAUACAAUUCAGCCACCAGGUAAUGAGAAUACUCAAACUCAUCAGGAAGAAGUUGUUCUAGUACCAAAUUCUCAUAACUUAUUUAAAAGGAAUUGUAUGUCAGUUAUAUGGGAGAAUUUACAAUCAGAUCUUGGGAGUUAAAGGGUUAGAACCUUUUAUAUCCCCGUGAAGAUAGAGUUACUGUGAGUUGUAAGAAUAUCUUGCCCAAGAACAUCUCAAAAUGACCUGGCCAGGUCUCAAACCCAGAGAUACCCUGGAUCUGGCGUUAAGGUAGCACUCAAUCUGUUAGGCCACAGCAUCUUGCACGACAUACAAUAUUUUAAUAAUUUCCUCUACCCAGGUAUAUGCUCCAACAGGCCCUGUUAAUAGGGAUUAUGACGAUGUGAGACGAUACUAUGAUGCAGCAGUGAAUGGAAUUAAAAGGUGAGUUACUAUAUACAACAUUUUCUCUCCUACAUGUAUAUGUACAUUUGUGCAUAUAACUUCUUCUUUUUUUGAUAUCAUGGUUUUUCUUGGGUGAACAGAAGAGAUGUUCAUGUUAUGUUUGGUAAAGAUUUUAUUAAUUAUCAAAAAUAUAUGCAAAAGACCUAAAAUAAUUGCCUACCUCAAGGUGACUAUUGAUAACAAUGAAGCACUGUAUUUAAGUCUUAAAACAGAGUUAUCUUUUAUUUUACUUUGAGUGAAAAUGUGGGCUGGAAAUGUAAAAACUAUAAUUUUUUGUCAGGGAAAGGCUCAGGCUCAUUAGUUGUGCAGUAAUAUGAUUAUGUGAUAAAUUAAUCAUUCACUUGUCUUUUGGCAAUUAAUAAAUAAAUUAAUGUUCAUUGAAUUUCGAACAUUUUGGUUUGAUUUGAAAAGUAAGACAGAAUUAUCUAGGUUGAUCUAGGGAAUAUUUAACCAACUUUUGAGGUGCAGAGAAAAGGAGAAAAAAAAUCAUGAGAGAGGCAAUUUCGUUUGACAUGAGCUAAUCUAACAACAAAUUUGGGUAACCUGAUUGAAGACUAUGUGAUACUCGAAGCAAAUUGAAAGCCAAUCAAAAUAGAAUCUUGGUUUGUAUGAGAACAAGUCUGAAUAAUUUCCAUUUGAAAAUUAAGACAUUCCACAUGCAAAAAAAUGCCAUUUUCUGCAUUGGUAUUGUCAAACUCAGCAAGGAUGGCCAUGGAAUUACCCUGACUGGAUGCUCUGAAAAACAAAGAACAGAUGCUUGCAUGUCAGGAAAGGAAGAUCUGCAUUGCAUAAAAAUGUAUUACAUUUGUGAGUCCUUACUGCCUUGGCUGAUAUGAUACUGUUGCAAAUACAUUGGGCAGGCUCAGUUGAAAUUGUCACACUGUUGAUAAAUUAUAAUCAUGUUUAAUCAUUUUCCAAAGGGCUCUUAAGGGCGGAAGCAGAUGCCCACUCCUGGUGACCAUUUCAAAAGACACAUUCCCAAAUGCAUGGUCUGUUUCACUUCUUGGAGCUCUUCAUGCACUCUAUGUGGUAAGAAUCACUUAGCAUGUGAUUUAGAUAUUAUUUAGUCAUCACUACAUAAAAUCUAGGUUUCUAGUGUGAGGUAUAGUCAAACGACUUCCAGAGAUGCUUUGAUUUCACUUGAACUUAAUUUCUGUUUGCUCUAUUGGGGAAAAUGGCACAGUAAUAUAUAAUCCAAUGACUUCGAAGAGUGACAUAUAGGAAAUUUACCUUUGUUUUAAACCCAAAAUGAAAAAUCCGCCAGAUUUUAAUCCAGGUAUCUAUUUAGAAAUUUUAUUUUUGAAUUGUGUGUUGUAUUUUCUUCUUACUAACCAAGCAUGAAGGCCUUACUGGGAAAUAUUAGCCCAGUGUUGUGGCAGUAUGGACUGACUACAGUAAGGUCCAUACUAAAAUGACUGAGAGCCAUUAUUCUCCUGCACAGCUUAGUAAGUAAGGUCAAUAAGUAGUUUAUUAUAUGGCACUCAGACCAAACUUGUUUGGCUUGAAUUUGCGGGAUUUCAUGAACAAAAAUUGCUAAGAUUAUGGCACUCUCUGUGGAAAUGGCCCUCAUGGCAAAAUAUGGACUGAGAACAUAAAUCAAUAGAACAUUUGGAUUUGCCUCAGGUCUACCUCACCAGAUAAUAAUUGUUCCUAUUGUGGUUUGGGGGACUUUAUGUCUUAAGUUGGCAUUUCCUUUACUAUAGUUGGAGAACCUCUCCAUAACGUCAUCUUUGUGAGACUGAAGUGGGUGUUGUAGAGAUAGAUAGUAGAGGUCUAAUAAACACUUUUUGUUUUGGAAAGGUAGAAUAUUUACUCACAAAUAAUGCUUCGUGAAGCUUGUGAGCUAAAUAAUUUAUAUCGUAAUUAACAUAUGUAGCAUAUAUAACAUAAUCAACAAGAAAGAAAAAAUGAUGUUCAGAAGAAAAGCAUACCAAAACAAGGGAAGGUACAGUGAAUCUAUAACAGUCUCUAAGGUAAUAGUUUUCCCUUUAAUGAAAUGAAUUGUCUGCAUGAGCAAGUUUUCUUGUCAUUUCCUAAUCCUUGGAAUUUUUGUCUUAUUAAGUAACUGAAGAGUUUAGAGAAGAAGGGGCAUUUGAAGUUCUUAUCGAUAAUUCUGACUUUCUUGUUUAGCCAAUUGAACUGCGAGAAGCUUUCCCAGACAAGGAACAAAAAGUUGAUCACCUUGGAGUGGUACUGUUUGGUGAAGUGAGCUGACUCAAAUAAAACUAGUUUUAUCAUUACAUUAGUUCCAUUAAAAAAGGCCUUUAGUGCUUCCAACAAUCAGCAUAUGGGGACACCCUUUUGAAGAAAAGAAGGUGGCUGCUUUUGAAAGUAAUCAUAAAAAGCAGUCAAUAACAGAGUUAAGGAAGGCAGGUUAUUUUCAGGAUUUUUCUGCAAGCCAGGGAGUGAUAGUCGAGAAGCUCAGAAAUUGUUGGGAGUGAAAAUGGUAGAUACAAAUUAAUGAACAAUGCAGUAACAGAGUAGAGAACAUCAAGGCUGGUUAUGUAUCUAAGAGACAAUUAAACAGUUUACAACAAAUGCUUUCAAGAGUGCCUUAAAGAGUUUUCCCAAACCAAGACUUUUUUUCAUAAAGAAUUCCAUGUAACAUGAUGCAAUUCAGUGUCAAUUUCUUGGAAACAUUGACAAAAUGCAAGGCAGCCAUUUUGAAAUUUAAUACACCUAGUGAGAUUUGAUGCAAUCCUUGGCCAAUCAGAGUGCAUGCACUUCUAUAAUCACUAGACCAAUUACACUAAAUGUACAUAACUAUGUCAAUCUCUAGGACUGCAAUGUGGAGUACAUCAAAGCAAUCGAUUCUGGAAGGUAAGCAUAUUAUGGUGUACUAUACAUAAAGCCAUAACUUACAAAAUUAUGGAGAAUAGUGCUGUACUUUAGUCAUCCAGAAGACUUCUCUCUAAACCUGUACCUCCAAUCAUACAUCUACAUCCUCCUUUUCACAACAAGGGUGGGAUGUUUUACUGUAAACUGAAUCUUUGCCUUCAAUUGGUUUUUCGUCAAAAUUUGUACCAUGACUAGACACCACUCUCACUGGAAACCAUUCUUUUAAGUUUUCCGAGGUCAUUGUCUUGGUGAUCAAAUAACUGAAACAGUGCUCAAUGGAAAUCCUCACACAAUCAUUACCAAACUGACUACAAUGUGCCUUCAAAAACUGAAAGAGAGAACUGUGGUUGGCAUUUUACCAAUUGUAGUGUGAUUUGUAUUGUAGGUAUGUGUGUCAGGACAUUGGUGGAUCAGAUCCUGAAAGAAUGGCUGCCCCUCGGGUGGAGGAGUACAUUCGUGAAUUAUUUGAAGGUUCUCCAGUUAAAGUAAGCUAUCUUGAUUAUUAAUUUGUCCUUAACAUACUUUGUUUCAUUAUUAAAUAUGUGGCAACGUCAAUGUUAAAGUUUACUUUUAGUUGUUAGUUUUCAAAUUUUUGGUCUCAAAGAAUUGUUUGAAAUGUAUUUAGAAACUUCAAGGGCACAACUUGAGCACCUGCCUGCAAAACCUCUAGCUUCACAUGUAUGGGCCCUUGCAUGGAUCCCUUUGCGAUCUUAUGUUUCCUGAUUUUAUUUAGGUGACAGUUGUUAAAGAUCCAGCUGAGUUUGAGAAGAACUAUCCACUGUAUGCAGCUGUCAAUAGAUGUGCAAGAGGUAAGUAAUUUGUCAUUCUAUUUAAGAUACAGAUUUCAUGUUGCUGUUUGUCUGUUCAAAGUCUUCAGAAAAAUUUGGUAUGGAAAAAGUUUUACCUUCAUGUUCCUACCUCAUGUGUGUUAUUUUUUAAUUGCUAAAUAAUGACAAUGCUGACAGUAUAAUUCUUUUCUUUGCAGUGGUUUCACCAGAUUAAUAUAAUUACAUUUUAUUUUUAAUCAAUUAAUGGAUAUAGGGUGAUGAACUUCUCCAAACAUGUUCCCUUUAACUCCCAAAAUCUCAUUAGUAAUUCUCCUUUCUGUCUGCCAUACAGUUCUUGUGAUGUUAGUUUGGAGAAUUUGGGAUUGGAUCAACUUAUAAUCCCUUAAUUGAUAUUUUUCUUUAUUCUCGUCACCUGUCUGCUUGAUAUUGUAUUGUAAGGAAGAAUUCUGUCUUGGUCAUUCAUGGGAGUUAAAGGGUUAAGCUAGUAAGAUCUAACAAUGAUUAAAAAGUUAACUAUUUAAUAGAUGUAAAAAAAAAAACAAAGAAGAAGAGAGAUUUUCAAUAGUUAAUUAAAAAACUGUUUGUCAAAUGUUUACUGUUGAAACACUAAGUAUGCUUAUUGAUUUUAGUUGUUGACAGACACACUGGUAGAAUCAUCAACUUGGAGUAUGUGGGAGAAGGUGACAUUCAAAACACUGUCCUUCUUGUUGGAAAGGUUAGUACAUGAAAGCAAUUUGUACUGUUUACCAGUUAUCCAGUCAUUCUCCAAGGGUGUUCAUGCUCAAUUUCAUCUUGGGUAAUCUCUUUUGUGCUUUCCCUUUGAAAAAUUUGACUUUGCCUUUGGUCAUAGUAGAUGGACACAGUCCAUUACUACCAAAUAUUCUUCCAUGGUACUCCACUUCUUGCUCAUUCUUUUCCAAAAUUUGUUUUUUUUUAUCUGUGUCCUGAUGUAUGUCAUUCUAUGUUAGGAUGUGACAAUAACUAUUUGCACUCAUUUCUUUGUAUUUUAGGGUGUAACUUAUGACACAGGUGGUGCAGAUAUUAAGGCUGGUGGGGUCAUGGCUGGAAUGAGUAGGUAAAGAUGCUCUUAAUAUGGGCUUUGGUAUGCAUUUAAUUGUAACACUGUUGUGUGUAUAGAAUAUGAAAGGGCACCAAUCAGAGAGCACUGCAAGUUGUGUAGAAUCCUCAAUUUAUAUAAAUUUGAAAGAAGAUCGCCUAAUCUGAUGGCUUCUAUUUCUUUUAAACAUGAAAAAAAAAACAACCCUGAGUAUAUUGACUUAUUAUCUAAAACAUGAGCGACUCUGUAGAAAACAACUUGUUGGUAUGACUGGUUAGAGCAGUGGUUAAACAGGGAUGCGAACACAAAUUGUUCAACUUUAAAAAUGUUAUUGAGUCCCAUACAAAUCGUUUUACCAGUGUUAUUUUUACCUUAAAGAGAUUGCAUACAGUUAUAAAUUAUUAUCUCUGUCAUGUAUUCUUUUAAUUUUAAGGGAUAAGUGUGGUGCAGCUGCAGUUGCAGGGUUCUUUCAGGUGUGUUAUAAUGAUUUUAUAUCAAGUAACAUAGGGCAUUUUUUCCAAUUUACUCUCUUCUAAUUUCUGUCCAAAGUAGAAAAUGUGAUUUAUGAUCCAGCAUUAAUCUUUCAGACUCUUGCUAUGCUGAAACCAAAAGGAAUCAAAGUCUUUGGUACAAUGGCCAUGGUGCGCAACAGUGUUGGUGCAGGUAAAGCAACACAUACAGUCUAAAUGGUGUCUCAAGUCGAAAUUCUGCAUUUUAAGUACCCUUGUGAUGAUACGUCUUAGACAAAUCUUAGCCACAUGUUAAAUUAACUGUGUUCACAUAUUGAAAAGUUAAAGUUCUAAGGCUUGAAUGUCACCUUCACUUUCAAUCAGCUCUAAUACCUUAAGCCUUAGCAACAUCAACAAUAUUAGUACUGACCAGAGCGGAGGUGCUUCUUUCAUUUAUAAUUUCAAUUAUGAAUCCUUCUCUUCACUAUUAUCAUCCUUAGAAAAGCAAAAUUAAAUUAUGCGAGUUCAUCACCAAAAAAAAUUCAAUAAAUGUACAAUUUCAGAGGGCUAUGUUGCUGAUGAGAUUAUAACCUCUGCCGCUGGGGCCAGGAUUAGGGUUGGUAACACUGAUGCUGAGGGUCGCAUGGCAAUGGCUGAUUGUGUGCAUCAUAUGAAACUCAAGGUAAUAUUGUGAAUUUAAACAUAAAGCAAAUCAAAAAAAUGUAACAUACUCAUCAAAGAGUAACAAGAAAGCGAUGAAGAACUUGAUAAAAUGAACUAGAUGAGAAUUUAGCUUUGGCAACACCAGGGUGUGGCGCUUCAUCUUCUUGGUUUGUACUAGGUUCAGUUGAAGUUUAGAGUUUCUGGUUUUUGUGGAGGGCGGAAAAAUCGAAGAACCUAAAACCCUUAGAGCGUUUCAAACUUUAACAGCUCGUGAUUACAUUCUUUUAUUUUGGGUUCUUCCCUUUACUCCUCCUAUACUUCCAUCGUCCCCCUCCCUCCUUCCUUCUGUUCUUGGUCUUUCCUCUUUUCAUUCCAUAUUUUCCUUCCCAACCUUUGGUCCUUAUUUUAUUCCCUCCUCUCUCCACCCCCCACACACGCCUUCUUUUACUUUACCUCUUUACCUUUAUUGUCCGAGGAGACUAAUUGAAUCUCGCUUUACAUCACAGUAACUGUCUCAUUAUUGAACCAGUAUUAAAUGUGUAAUCGUUUUGUUUCAGGCUCUCCAAGAGAAAGUUCCCACACACAUUGUUACAAUUGCUACUCUCACUGGCCAUGCCGUCUUGGCUAUGGGUCCUGCCUACUCAGUAAGUAGUAAUUAAAUUGCCAGUACUGUUAUACAGUCAACUUUCUCACCGAAGCGAUUCCAUGUUGACUGAAUGACGUUUUCGUUUAUCAGUCAAGUACAGUUCCUGAACUCCCUCUUAAUUGACCACUCGUCAAACUUCUUAAGAGAGCGCAGCCAUUUUCAGGAGAAAAAAUUGGAUAGCUUCAUUACUCGUGUGUUCGGGAAGGUAACCACCAAACAAUGAUUACUGUUGAGAAAUUGCAAAAAGCUAAAAUCAUCACGAAGGAAAUAGAUAUGCAGUAUCUCAUAUAUGGCACUUGAAUGGAAGUUUAGUUUGAACCAAGUGAGUGAAAGUGAUUUAACAAGGAACGCAUUUCGAACUGUAAACAUCAAAGAAUGAAAAAAAGCUAGUAGUGUACUGUAAUAUGUUGCCUGCAUGGUAUAUGUUCUUUUGAAAGGUACUCUUCGUAACUGUAACCGGCAAAAAAUAGUGAUGAGUGGUGGCCCCGUUAGGUCUCGGCUUUUGUUCUUGAUUUUUCUCCAAUUGACCACUUCCCUUAAACGACUACUUUUUUUUCUGUGCCAACGACAUACUACACUACAUUAUAUUUUUUUUCUAAGAUAAACCAGUGAGCUUCACUUCUGAAAACAAGUAGUUGCAUAACUCGUUUAUUUUCUCCUACUCGUUUGGCGUUUCCAACGAACACUUCAUCUGGGAGUUUGACAAUACAACUAACCACACCUGUAUACAUACCUUGGAGCAAUAUGUCUUACAUUUCGUAAAAACACGCCCACAGAUAUGCGAACAUUUGCAGCAAUACCCGCAUUUACGUGUUCAGGAAACUGGUAGAACAUAGUCUUGCAAGGUGUGACAUAUUUUAGCGUGAUUUAGUCAUUACUUGGGGCCCAAAUUUUUAGCUAAAACUAUUAACCUCAAGUAAGUGCGCGUAAUAAACAUCGCGAAUUACCAGGGCAAACUGACUCAGUGCUGAGAUAGUCUGUGACAGACGAGCGUUUAAUCCCCCUCAGGGUAGUGGGGGAAGGGGCGGAGUUGUACUCUAGGGCUCAAGUCAGAGGGUAGAGGAUUAAAAAUUGACGUGGCCUUUAACUUAAGCGAGGGGGGGUAACUAGCUAAGUAUCAGGAGGCUUAGAACUGGAAAAAGAACUGAUGUGGUACGUAUAAUAUUGACUCGAAUUUCAUGUCCUUGAUGUGUGAAACAUCGUUUAUUUACCUUCCUGUUUUCCUUAUUAGAUUGUGAUUGACAAUGGGCCUGCAGCUCGUACCAAGUUUGCUCAAAAUAUCCAAAAAGGUUGGUGCUUUUUACUCGUUAAGCCUGGUACUACUAGUCUUUUCAAGAACAUGCGAACUUUAAAAUCCAAAGUUCAGCCAGCGUGAAUUGUGAGUCGUUCUCACACUCACUCAAUAAUUUGUUUGUUAUAUUUCUAGCUGGACAUGACAUGGGUGAUCCGUUUGAAAUCUCGACAGUUCGUAGAGAGGUAUUUGAUAAGCUUUAUUCAUAUAAUUAUCAUCUUAAUCUUGUCUUAAGUCGUCGUCACCCUAAAUUUUUUUCAUUCUUUUGAUUUAAGUGAAUUUUUGAAGUAAGCAAUCUCACUUUGCGGCGGCCAAACAUUUUCAAUCUCUGAAUUUUUUUGUCUUAAAGAGAAAGGAAAAAAAGCGAAUGGGUUGCCUGAAAUUCUCCUUCAACGACUUCAUGGACUGACAUCUUAUUUCUCCCGACAGUAUCACCCCUGAAUCAGACUUAUUUAGGUAACGAGAAUAAAGGAAAUGGUCACCAGUUAAAGAAGCUCUUGAUUGUUAAAACAAAUUCUCAUUAGUAGCACCCUAGGAUAUGUACAGAGAACAGUGUGGAGAAUAUUCAAACUGAUGUUAGUAUGUAAAGGGUUAAACGUGAGGCAGUGGUAAACGAAAACCAGAUAAAAAGCAAAUUAAAUGUCACUUUUCUUUUGCCUUCACAACUGCCUCAUGUAUCGUACAUCUUUACUACCAGUUUUCAUUUAGUUACAGAGAAAACCGAUAUUGCGAUAUUGCGGCGUUGGGAAGCGUUCAUUGGUAUUCAUUUGUGUGCAUUUCUUUUUUAAAAUCUUUGAGGGUUAAAUUUAAGUCGCUUUUAAUCUUACACAGUUAUCACAAAAAAUUAUGCAGAAAAGUUGUUUAACACUGUUAUUUCCAAAUCCGUGUUAAAAACUCGGCAAGAUUGAACUAAUAUGAAUAGGUUGUGUUUGUUCUUUGUUUGAUUUUCAAGGACCAACAGUCCUCUUUAUUGGUUUUCACGUAAAUUUUACUCAGUUACUUCACAAGCCUCGUCCCAAAAUAAAAAAUUGUAAACCUUCGCUUUGCCAAACCCAGAAUAUUCUAAGUCAUGGAGAUCCUUUCGUCCUAAAGAGCGAAAACUAAACAAACAGGGAACCCAGCUAACAAAUUUAUUGACUCUAUUCAGGAUUACGACUUCGUCAGAGCCCAUUCAGAGUACGCAGAUGUAUUGCAGUGUAAUAACUCUCCAUCCAGUAGAACACCCAGAGGACAUCAGUUCCCAGCUGCUUUCCUCAUCAGGGCCUCAGGACUUGAUAAGGUGAGUUCAAAUGUUACUUUGUAAAGAGGGGUUUUUUCUUUCUGCGCUACUUCGAUGAAAUUUUUCUGCAGUUGGGUACACUGUAGCUAAUCGUGCAUCGAUUGGUUGGAUGUGAAGAUCUCUUAUUUUUUAGUUUGAAACAUCGAACAAUCAAUAUGUUGUACUUUGUUAUCACUAAAUAUACUAAUAAUAAGCAGAAUUAUACACGCAUUUUGAUUGGUUCUCUCUUAUGAUCUACUGGAGGAGAAGCGCAAAGAUUGUCACCGCUAACAACAUUUUGCUUCUAAAUCUUAUAAAACAAAUAGAUUCCGUGUUGCUGUGGGUCUGCAUAGUUAUAGAUCACAGGAGAAGUCAAAAUGUGGUAAAACAUCGGUGACACACAAGGUUGCGCGUAAUUGGCCCUUUUUGUCCUUACCACAUGUUGACGUCAUUUUCGAUCUAUUAUGAACAAACGCACGGCAAUAUGGAAUUUAUCUGUUAAAUUUAUUUAUUUAUUCAUUCAUUUAUUUUUCAUACUAGCAUGGUAUUGACUCAAACCAGCCACUCUGCUACUCUCACUUUGACAUUGCUGGAUCAAGUGGUACAUUCCCACAAGUUCCUACUGGGGCGCCAGUUGUUGCCAUGACAGAAACCUUUCUCAAAAGCCACUGUUGA